AUGUCUACCACCAACUCCAUCAAACAAGCUGCAGAAGCAGCAAGAAACAAAACAUCAGAAGCAAUGGAAACUACCAAACGUUUUGCCGAAUCUGCCAAAGCAGAUCCCAUGGCCGUUAAAAACGACAUCCUCCAUACUCCCUUCAUGCGUGCUGCUCUCCCCUUCAUCAACGGUGGUCUUGCAGGCAUGACAGCCACCACCGUCAUCCAACCCAUCGAUAUGAUAAAAGUACGUCUCCAACUCGCCGGGGAAGGAAUCCGCACCGGUCCCAAACCAACUCCAUUAUCCGUCACGCGGGAAAUUCUUGCUUCGGGUAAAGCACUCGACCUCUACACUGGUCUCAGCGCAGGCCUCCUCCGCCAAGCCGUCUACACCACCGCUCGUCUUGGCUUCUUCGACAGUUUCAUGAACACCCUCUCCGCUCGCUCAAAAGCAAACAAUACCACCAUUGGUUUCAAAGAACGCGCCGCGGCAGGUCUCACAGCGGGUGGCUUAGCAGCUAUGAUAGGCAACCCUGCAGAUCUCGCACUCAUCCGUAUGCAAUCCGAUGGAUUAAAACCCCUAUCCCAACGCAAAAACUACAAAUCUGUCAUCGAUGCCCUAACAUCCAUCACGAAAUCCGAAGGCAUCACGGCUCUCUGGGCUGGAUGUGCACCGACGGUUGUGCGAGCCAUGGCACUUAAUUUCGGACAACUAGCAUUUUUCUCCGAAGCCAAAUCACAACUCAAGACACAUACGCAAUGGAAUCCAAAGACACAAACACUUACCGCGUCGGCCGUCGCAGGAUUUUUCGCAAGUUUCUUCAGUCUGCCAUUUGAUUUUGUGAAGACGAGGUUACAGAAACAGGGGAGAGGGAAGGAGAGGAUUUAUAAAGGGAUGGGAGAUUGUUUUUUGAAGGUUGCGAGGGAAGAGGGUAUGUUGAGGUUUUAUAGAGGUUUCGGUACGUAUUAUGUGAGGAUUGCUCCCCAUGCUAUGGUUACAUUGAUUGUAGCGGAUUGGUUGGGGUUUAUUACUAAGUGA